AUGCAUUACGAAAAGUCUGGCGACCAGUUUGUUGGCCGCGUAGUUGCAGGCCUCCCGCUCAACAGCGCCGACUUUGCCGUGCUGCCUCCCCACUUUGCCACCGCAGGCAAUCUUGUUCUCGGUUUGGCGUCCAUCGUUCACCAUGCCGACUUCCUCCGUACGACCCUUCCGUCCAGCCACCCAGUCCUCCACACGGCGAUCUUUCGAGACAACUUCAUGAUUUCAAACCUCAAGGCACUUGUCCGCACCACGUCAAAGGCAAUGAAGCCAACUGGCCUGCCCCCGUACGUUGAGAUUUAG